AUGACACACAAAACUGCUAUUGAAGGAGUAGACAAGAUGUUAAAGGAUAUUAUGAGUUCAACAGAGCUCUUUGGAUCAAAGGUUAUAGUAUUAGGAGGUGACUUCAGACAAGUACUUCCAGUGGUAACAAAAGGAUCAAAAGCAGACUUUAUUCAGGCAAGCAUUGUAAAUUCCUACAUUCGGCCACAGUUCACACAAAACAUGAGGGCGAUAUCAGAUCCUGACUUUACAGUUAUCUGCUACGCAUUGGUAAUGGAGCUGAACCUUACAUUGAUAAGAAGAACAUCAGAAUUCCACGACCUUUACUUCUACCAUACACGACUGAAGAAGAAUCUGGCUAUACUAACAACAAGAAAUGACUUCAUCGACGAGCUGAAUGAAAUACUAACAGAGAGGUUUCCAGGAAAUGCAUAUCAAUAUAUCAGCAGAGACAAAGCACUUGAAAUUAGUGAACAAACAAUGUUCGAAGAUUUCUUUAACAGCUUGACUCCUACUGGAUUCCCGCCUUAUAAAUUAACUUUGAAACCAAACUCACCAAUCAUUCUGCUUAGAAAUAUAGAUCCUCCAGGAGGUCUUUGCAAUGGCACAAGACUUAUAUGUAAAUCUUUAAAGCCUAAUAUUAUACAUGCCAUCAUUAGCACAGGCGAACAUAUAGGCAAAGAAGUCUUUCUGCAUAGAAUCUCUCUUUUCGAGUUGAGAAUGACCCUGAUUGCCCUAUUUCUUUUGAGCGUCAUCAGUUCCCUGUUAGAUUAUGCUUUGCAAUGA